GAUAACAUAUAAUUUAAUAAAAAAAAAAAAAAUAAAAAAAAAAAAAAUUAAAUUAUGAAAUGUAUAAAAAUUUUAAAAAUUCUCAGUAACUUCAUUGCAUUCACUGCUUUAAGUUUGCAAACAUCAGCAUCUGCUAAUAAUAUAACUGCACCGUUGAUUGAUGCAACAUCGGUGCCAUCGUCAUCAUUAUCGCCGUUACUCAGCAACCAAAUCAAUUAUGAUGGCCGCAUUGUAGGUGGCUCUGCGACAUCAAUUUCAAAUUUACCUUUCACGGUGUCGCUGCAGUUCGAUGGGACACAUAUUUGCGGUGGCUCAAUAUUAAAACCGCAUAUCAUUUUAACCGCGGCUCAUUGCUUUCAAAUUUCCAACGAUGCAUCCCGUUACCAAAUACGAGCAGGAUCCUCCUCUCAUCGCUAUGGCGGCCAGUUAAGGCGAGUACAACGCAUCAUCAAACAUGAAGCAUUCAGUCUUAACACGCUCGAUAAUGAUGUGGCGUUAGGUAUACUUAGGCAAUAUCUUAUCUAUUCAUCAAAUGUACGGUCAAUACAAUUGCCUGAGAAAAACGAAUAUUUGCCACCCAACAGCAUGUGUCAAGUCAGCGGUUGGGGUUCAACCAAAGAAGAUGGCGCAUUACCAUCGCUACUACACACGGUAACUGUACCUUUAAUUAAUCAAGAUAUUUGCGUCAAAAAUUAUAAGUAUUUUGGAGAAAUUAGCAAAACAAUGUUCUGCGCUCGUUAUCCACAAGGUGGCAAGGAUAGUUGCCAGGGCGAUUCUGGUGGACCACUAGUUUAUCCAGUCAUAAAACCUAAUCUGUCAAGAAAAGCUAUAAAAACCGCUCUAGCGAAUGUUAAGCAAUUCGGUAUUGUUUCCUGGGGCAUUGGCUGUGCACAACAAGAUUAUCCAGGCGUUUACACUAACGUAACCAGGCUACGUGUAUGGAUUGAUGCUCAAAUUCAAAACAUGAGUAACACAAAUGGAAUAAAAGUAUUUGCUAGAAAAUAAAUUAAGAAAUAUAUGAACAUAUUAUAAAACUAGAAUUUUCCAUAAAAAAUAGACGUU